AUGGAGAAAUCGGUCAGUAAAAGCAGUAGUAGCAAGCUGAAGCAGCGCUUCGCACGGAUGCUGCUCGCCUCCUCCUGCUCCACCGCCGCCAACGUCGCCGCCGCGACCAAGCCUCCGGCGACGCGUCUGCCGGAGACGGUCAACCACGGGUGGAAUGACCGUUGCAAGCUCGACCAGCACUACUGGUCAUUUCCCGCCGACAUCCGGCAGCGCCGCUACGUCGCUCCGGUCGUGCAUGUCUCCAUCAACUGCCGCGAUCGUCGGUCGGUCGAAGCUUCCGAGCCGUUGCUCCCCUCGAUCGGCAAGGAGGAUAGAAAGUGGAAGCCGGGGGCAACUAAAAGAGAGAGGCGCAAGGUACCUUUUGGUCAGAGAAAGAAGAGCAGUAGCUUCCCCUACUCUUCUUCCUCGGACUCAUUAAACGAGGAUGAGCUCGAUCUCUUCAGCAGCGAGGAAGAGAAGGACGAGGAGGAAUCGAGAACUACACUGUUCUCGUCCAAGAGCUUCUCCUCCGACUCCUCCGAAUUCUACCACCACAGCAAGAGGAAGAACAAGAGCACUAGUAGCAAGAGCAUGAAGUCCACACGACGUCCGCCGCGAAGGCACGCGGCGCAUUCGACGACGACGGAACUCCGGCCAUUGGUCUCCAUCUCGCCGGCCAAGGCCAACGCGGGAGGAUUCCCGGUGGUGAAGCGGUCCACCGACCCUUACGGCGACUUCAGGAGCUCCAUGGUGGAGAUGAUCGUGGAACGCGGCAUGAGCAGGGCCCAAGACCUGGAGCAGCUCCUCCACUCGUACCUCAAGCUGAACUCCAGCCGACACCAUCAGGUCAUCCUCGAAGCAUUUGAGGACAUUUGUGAAGCAAUGUUUGGCAAAUAG